AUGUCAUUGUUUGAUGAUUAUGAUUUCGAUAAUGAUGAUGGAUGCAAUAGUGUAAAUCAAUGGAGUGUGUUAUCAAAAUAUGACGAUGAAGAAAAUCAUUCAAAUAGAAAACAACAAGAAGGAAAAAAACAAAACCCAACUCGGAAAAAGCAACAAUUAAACAAAUCCAAAUCAAUUAAAAACAAGAAUGAAAUAAUGUUUGUACACGGGAAGAACAUUUUACAAAAUCUGCCACUAGAAUUAAUUUAUCAAAUAUUAAAUUGUUUAUCCGUAAGAGAAGGUUGUUUGAAAAUUAGGCCUUUGAACAGAUGGUCUGAAUCAAUAUUCGGAAUGUAUUUGGAAUCAGGUCAAGUUAGAGAGUUGAAUAUUUGUAAGGAGGUGUACCAUAGAGCUUUCAUGAAGGUGAAGGAAGGCUUAUUGGGAAGUAAUGAAUUGUUCAACUUUUAUUUCAGAUCAAAGGAGGAAAUUGAGAGGAUGAAAUACUUUAGAAGUGUUUUUAUGGGAAAGUUUGUGAAUGGAGUGCGGAGGAUUGUCUUUGAUAAACUGAAGGAUUUUCCACUUGGAUUAUUGGUUAAGAUUGAUGAGGAUUUGCAUAGAAAUUUGACAAAUCUUGAUAGGAAGAAAGGUGGAAAGAGUAGAGCUAAAAAGGGUGUAAACAAAUUGAGGCCAAAAUCAAGUUGUCUGUUUGCAAAUUUUGAAACAUUUUGGAGUGGAAUUAAAGGUUUGGAAAUUAAUUCUUCAACUUUUUGUAACCAGGCAAUGAGUAGUGCUUUAGAUUUUGAUUCAAUGGAUAAUGAAAAGAGUGGAUUGGAAUUGUUAAGUGGAGUGAUUUCUGGUCUAUUACAAAAUCUUGAAUCAUUAACAUUGAAAAAUAUCAAAUAUACAGCAGAGGAAGCUAAAGAUUGUGAAUUAUACAAGACAUUUGUUAGCAAGGUUUUGAAAAAUUCAUGUAAAUUAACCGAGUUGUCUUUUGAACAUACUAAUGCUGUAUUGUGUGAAGAAACCUUUCAAAUUGAUUAUCCAAAUAUUGUAUCAUUACGAAUUAUCGACCAAGAGUCUAGGUGUAUCAAGCUCUGUUAUUUUCAAAAAUUAACAAUACUGGAGAUUCACUAUUAUGAAGGAUCCAUGAAAGAAAUAUUAAGUAAUUUACCUCAUUUGGAAAAUAUAACGUUGAACAAAUGUAUUUUGAGUGAUCUAGAAUGUGAUUUGAAAUUUCCCACUAAUUUGAAACAUUUUGACAUUUCUUUUUGUAAAUUUUAUAGUUUGACACCAGAAAUAAGGCAUUUGGUAUUGGAUCAGUUAUGUGAAUGUUCGCAACUCCAAUCACUCUCCAUCAUUAAGGUUGAAUAUAUAGACCACUAUUGUGAUUUUAGAAAUUCUCAAAGUGAUUUCGAUGCCUUUAUUGAAAAAUUACCUUUAAAUCUUAAACAUUUACAAGUGGACAGUCUACAGAAAGUUCAAAGCUUGAUAUUGUUGAAAAGAUUCAUCAAACUUGAAUCAUUGCAUUGCUUUGGUUCGUAUUGUCGAGGAGUGGAUAACAUCAAACUGAUACAACACUUUCAUCAUAUGAAGGAUAUUUCAUUCGAUUGUAUACAGGCCCUAGGUAGAGAUUUAUCACUCGCUCUUAAAGAUCUAUCCAAAUACGAAUGUCAAACAACACUACGCACCAUUCAUAUUGAAAGAUGGUCAACCUAUGACAUUAACCUCGAAUCGAAAAUGCAAUACAUUCAACUAGAAAGAUUACCAGCACUACCAAACUUGAUUUCCCUCCAAAUCAUUGGCUAUUACUUUGAGAAUGAGGAGACAACACUCCGUUCCAAAGAUCCUGAUCUGAGAAGCAAGAUUUCAACAAAUCUUCCAAAAUUACAAACUUUGAUAAUAUCAUCCAUGAUUUCCUCACUAUCAGGUCUCAAAUAUCUGAAACAUCACCCAAACAACAGUAUCAUUGAUAAUUCUACUAGUUUAGAGAAUAGUUCCUUAUUGCAUUUUGAUUUUUGGACACAAGAAAACAUGCAAGUUCAAAAGCAACAACUUUUAGUAUCCAAAAAACUAAAGAAAAAGACAAGAUAG